AUGUGUGCGGAGGGAUUCGCAAUAAGUGUGGACGGCAAGCAAUGGGUGUUACGAGCGCUGUUUGAAGGUGCUGUUGUUGAUUUCGAGGCUUUACGAAAUCUGUUCCAAAUGGCGGGUUGGUCCGGUUAUUACGGUUGCCCAAAAUGUUAUGCUCGUGGUGGCGGUCCUCUUCAGUGGACAACAAAAUCGUCUGAUAGUAAACCGCGGGACGAGACGCAGGUCGCAAAUGAAGCACGUAAUGCCGACAUGGGAUUUCGAGGUUACUCUCCACUGCUGCAGCUGUUUUUACCUACUCGAUGCCACAUAGAUGGUUUGCAUGUGUGCUCUGAAGGAGUGUUCAAGCAUUUGCUGACAGGUAUGGUAGCGGCAGUACUUUGUUUGACUUAUAUCUAG